UAUAAAAGCAACUUGUCGGUCCUGGCCAAAAUCAGUUCUUUCUUUACAGUGAAUCUAUCAGCAGUCUUGAUCCCAAUUCCCAGGAUCAGGAUCUGUUUAUUUUCCGCGAGUGUGCGUGUGUACUACUAGUGUAAAGGCUUUUUGGACGGAAGCAGUUUACAACACAAGGAAACCUCAAGGAAUUUUAAUUUUUUUUCGACAAGGAAAACAGCAUCCUCAACCAUGUUCAGAUUUAUUGUGGUAUCAACGUUGUUGGUAGCGGCUAGUGCCCAGUAUAAUGGAUAUAACCGUGAUCCCAAGACAGUUGCGAUCGUAAGCGAGCAGCGGUACCUUGCCGGAGAUGGACAGUUCGGUGCUGCUUACGAUCAGGAAGAUGGAACCAACUUCAAGGAGGAAACGGAUGCUGAUGGCAACCGCCGAGGAUCCUACAGCUACCUUGAUCCAUCUGGACAAAGAAGAACCAUCUCCUACGUUGCUGGCAAAAAUGGAUUCCAAGCUUCGGGAGAUCAUCUGCCUGUAGCCCCUGCUGCUCCACCAGCACCAGCUCAUGCUGCCCCUCAGCCACAGUACAGACAACAGGCUCAGCCACAAUACCAACAACAGGCUCAGCCACAGUAUCAACAGCAGGCUCAACCCCAAUAUAACUUUGAUCACCAGGGCCGCAGCUAUGACAACCAAGGCUAUGAAGAUGGACAGUACGAUCCUCGUUGGAACGAUCCCUCUUUCAGUCAGCAACACUCCCGCCCAACUGCAGCUCCCGUUGUAACUCCAGCUCCAGUUCAAAACUACCAUCAUCAGCCAGCUCCAAUCGAAAACUAUCACCGCCAGCAGCCAGCUCAAGCCCCAGUUCCUCAGAACUAUCACCAUGCGUCUCCCCAGCCACAGCAGGAAUGGACUACCCAGGCCCCACAUCGAUUCCAGCCACCAGGAAAACUCCAGCUGAACAGAACUCCCGACGGUUUCAGCUACACCUUCAACAAGGUUUAAGUAAUCAUUCUGAGAGAGCAAGUCAAAGCGAGCGUGAUCGAGUAUGCGAAAGAAUGCGUGUAUUUACAGAAUGAUAAACGGUUCCCUUCGCCCCUUUCACUUGUGACCCUCUAGAAAUCUUCAUCCUAAGUCAGACCGGUGUGAAUUUUGUUCAACUGUUUGUUUACGUAGUCGAGUAAGAGUUACUGCUUGUUGUGAUAUAUUUUCGUAGGAGAGACUUCACUGAUAAAUAAUAUCUGUACUACUAUAUAGUUAGAUCUUAUUUAAAGAUACCCUAUACCCACUUUUCUCUGAAGCUAACCAAUCGGAACAAUGUAAUUGUAAUCAAUCUGAAACAAAUGAAAAAAAAGAACCAAAAGCACUA